GCGAAAAAUGAAAGCCAUUUGACAAAUUUAACAAACUGAAAUUUACUGUUUAAAUAAGUAUGUCACAUUCGAAGAAUGCUAGUAAAUUAACUGAUAAGUGUAGAUUAGACGCUCCCGUAAAUGAAAACUUUGAUCAUGACGACGAACCAAUAGCUUGUUACUCGACGGAAAGCCGCACUUAUGCCGACUUUUCAGUAACCGUAUCAAAGAAAUCGUCGAGUUCAGGUGAAGACGAGGCAAUAUGUGCCGGUCAAAAAUCCUUUAUAAGCAUACAUUCAACCGAUCACCUUUGUCAAGUGGCCGACAUUGACAAUCCAGCCAACAUCGAAGAUUGUAACGUUGAAGUGUUAAGUUUAAAUGAGGUAUUUCCUUCCACUUCUGAAGAAAGUUUGUCGAACGAUGACGACACACCGAUGGGCCGAAAGAAAAAUAAAAGCAAAGGGGCAAUACAGAAAACUCAAUCCGAAAGCGCUGGAAAAUCUACCUAUGUACCGACAAACAGUAAGUCGUCAACAGUGUCAGGACGUGAUAGAGACACUCUGGAAACACAAGCUUCGGUGUACUCGGACUACAACAUUCCAAAAAGCACAAUGUAUGUGAUGGGAAGUAAUCCAGGGGAACCUAAAAUGUCAUAUCAGGAUCCCCCUAAAAAAGUAUCCAAGACGAUGAAAAAGUUUCUUCGUAACAUCGAUAAACACAAAAGCGAGCAAAUGGCUAAAAGUGGUGAAAAAGCAAUAAGCAAACUGACAACAAUGCGAGGUAUUCUCAAAGAUGGUGGAUGCGGCCCCGAAUGCACUGGAGAUUCCACAGCACAGGAUACAGAAGAUAAUACAGGAGACACAUUCACUUACCAAAUGGAGUGCGCGCCACACUUCAACUAUACAAAACACGGUCCAGAUAAAAAUGUCUCGUUCAAUACACAAGUCCUCAUAAUACAUUUCACGGGGGACCUCUGUGUCGGACAGAGUAUUGAAGCCUUGAGCAAAGAGAAGGAUCAACAAGCCCGAAAUUCCGAACUCAGAAAAACUUAUCUCACAAAGUACAAUGAGCUCUGGCCCACGCAAAAAUAGUAGUUACAGUAGAUAUAAUGUUUUGUUUAAUUAUUACAAGUCGUGUUUUGUGUAUUUAUUUUUUAUAUUAAACUACGGCAAAUUGUGUAUUCAAAAUUUUAAUGAAAUAAUUUAAA